AUGGCUAAACUAUGGGACUUCUAUGUUGGGAUUAAGUUAGCUUCUGAGUUAGGGAUCGCAAAAUUAGUAGUGGAAUCAGAUUCUAGAUGUAUUGUAACGCUGGUUCAAAAGGCGUUUCCGGAGAACCAUGGUAGCUCUUCCCUCAUUCGGUCAAUCAAGGAGCUUUUGGCAAAGAUGGAUAAUGUAGAAGUAAGACAUAUCUACAGGGAGGCCAAUUUCUAUGCGGAUGCUCUCGCCAAGCUGGGUCAAGGAGAAGUUUCUGGAAUUAAGUUCUUCGAGCAGCCCCCUCUUUGCUUGUUUCACCACCUUUUUGUUGAUGCAAGUGGUAUUAAGUUUAAAAGAUUAGUAAUAGUUUAA